UGUGUGUUCGCGUGUGCUCUCCUCCUCUCCCUUGGGAGAGAAGAAAAUAAACCCGCUGCUGCUGCUACCAAGGAGGCUAGUUAUGGAGCCGAACCUUUAAAUACUCAUUCCCUGCUCUGUGAAAGAACUGGUUGGUUUGCCUGCAGUGUUUUUUUGUUUUUUUUUUACCAGAGUAGGAAAAAGCUUUUCUUUUUUUUUUUUCUUUUUUAGCAUUUGUACCUCCAAAGCCUCGGCGUUAUAAAAGAAGAAGAAGAAGAAAAAAGAAAACUCAGGUUGAAGAAGCGAGGCAGGAGCGGCGUUAUCUGCUUUAGCCUGUACCGCUAACCGGAGCGCUGGAUGAACUUUGCAUGGAGCGACUGCAGCGGAUGGGUUCGGAGUUUGCCGAGUGACUGUCCGCUUUUCCCCGGCUCCGGAGCUCACGGGGGCCCCGGCUCCACCGGAUGGGCUCCGUCCGCCUGCAGCCUAAUAACGGCAGCGGUCGCGCGAGUGCCGCGUUCGUGGUUUUUACCACCCCGCUGUCGAGCCUGAGAUCCGCUGGGAAGCUAACAGGAUAUUAGCCACCUUCUCCCCCUUCUUCUCUUUGUGGUCGCAGGCCGGGGGAGCCGUAAAGCGGUCGUCGCCGCGCUGGGUGCCGGGAAGGUCUGUCUGGAUGGCCGCUGCUUAUUUAUUCUGGAAACUGGAUACAGUUUAAGCGACGGAAAGGAAGCUCCCGAAAACAGCGUUUGUUACUUGAAAAUGCGUCGCAGCGCUGGUGGAUCUCAUUCCAAGUUAGGAUAAGGAGGAGGAGGAGGAGGGGGAUCACACGCACACACAGAGGAACAGCAGGAGUUACUGCUUCUAAGGUCUUUGGAGGGGGAAUAAAGCUUUUUUUUUUUUUCUUUUUUUUUUCUCUCUCCAAACGUGUGACAAUAUAAUGUCUACCGCAAAGGAAAACACUUGCAGGAAAUUCCAGGCGAACUUCUUCAACAAGAGUAAAUGUCAGAACUGCUUCAAGCCGAGGGAGCUGCAUCUGCUGACCGACCAGGACCUGACCCAGGCCAAGCCUAUUUAUGCUGGAUGGCUGUGCUUGGCUCCUGAGGGAACGGACUUCGACAAUCCCAUGCAAAGGUCCCGGAAAUGGCAGCGGAGAUUCUUUGUGCUGUACGAACACGGCUGUCUGCGCUUCGCCUUGGACGAGUCGCCAAGCACGCUGCCUCAGGGCACGGUCAACAUGAACCUCUGCACAGACGUCGUCGACGCCGAGCCCAAGACGGGCCAGAAGAACUCGCUGUGCAUCAUCACGCCCGACCAGGAGUACUUCAUCAGAGGAGAGAAUAAAGAGAUCAUCAACGGGUGGAGCGAACAGCUGAUCGUAUACCCCCGCACCAACAAGCAGAACCAGAAAAAGAAACGAAAAGUAGAGCCCACCACCUCCCAGGAGCCAGGACCGGCCAAGGUAGCCGUCACCGGUUCUGGGAUCCCCGAAGCAGACAAGGCUCCGGACUCCAGCUCCAUCAUCUGGCAGGAAGAGCUGAACCAGCGGGAGGCCGAGAGUGCAGCGGCCUGGGCGGCUGCUGACCAGCCGCUGGGCUCGCCUCCGCCCUCUGCAGGUGACUGUGUGCCUAUUGGCUCUGACGGCGGGUCAGUGAACGGCGACGAAGUGGACCGCAGCAGCCUGCCGCUGCAUGGCUCCGCUCCCCAGGCCCCCGGCGGCCCCCUUUCCCCGACCGGCUCCUGCUCCAGCUUGGGGGGGGUUCCGCGCUGCCUGUCCCCGGCGCCCAGCGACCCCUUCCCCUCCGGCAGCUCCCUGCUCUCCAACGGCUCCCACAUCAGCGGCUCGGUCAGCUCCCUGGACUCGGACGCCAGCGGCAGCACGGUCACCAGCACCGACAGCCACCCGGCGGCCCACCGGAGCGGCCACCACGACGCGCCGCGCUCCCGCCGGCUGGAAGUGGAGGCCAGAAAAGCCGAGAAGAGGAGCCGCUUCAGGAGCCCCGACAGGCAGGAGAGGGAGGCCGUCCUCAGUCCCGAGAGAAGUCGCUCCGGUGUUAUUGAGAAGUUGGAGGCCUUGGAGCUGGAGAAUCCAGAGAAAAUGGAGGUGGAGGAGACGGAGAGACGUGGAGCCAGACAGGGCCGCAGCGAGCACCGACGGCUCUGCAGAGAGGAGCAGAGGCAGGACCAUGACCAUGAGGGCCUGGACUUUCCCUCCACCCUGCCCCCCCUGAGGAGAGCCAAGUCUUUGGAUCGAAGGACCACAGAGUCCGUCAUGACGCCGGAUCUGCUCAACUUCAAGAAAGGCUGGAUGGUGAAGCUGGACGAGCAAGGCCAGUGGAAGAAAUACUGGUUUGUGUUGACGGAUCACAGCCUGAGAUACUAUAAAGAUUCAAUUGCAGAGGAGGCCUCAGACUUGGACGGGGAGAUUGACCUGUCCACCUGUUACAGUGUAACCGAAUGCCAGGCUCAACGCAACUACGGUUUUCAAAUUCAUACCCAGGAAGGAGUUCACACUCUGUCGGCCAUGACGGCAGGCAUACGCAGGAACUGGAUCCAGGCGGUCAUGAAGAACGUGAGACCGUCCACUGCCCCGGACGUGGCCAGCUCAACAGAGGACCAUGGCUCCUUCUCUGCUUUGGAGGGUCUCGUCAGACCAGACGUAGCUCAGGACUCGCCCUCCUCUGAGGCGUCCUCGGUGGAGAGAGAAUCUGCCCCAGGCGUCCUCAAAAGCAGAGCACGCGAACGCAGACGGGAAGGCCGCUCGAAGACGUUCGACUGGGCCGAGUUCAGGCCCAUCGCUCAGGCGCUGGCUCAGCAGCGGGCCCAGGAGGCCGAGAGCCUCCAGGCGGACAGGGGGGACCUGGAUCGCAGCAGGAGGAGAGAGGAGAGGCGGAAGAGAUACGAGUGCGUGACCGGCUCUGAGCACGCGUCCGCUCCAGGUGGAGGGAGGAUAGACUGCGAUGAGGGUGAUGGAGUCGUGCACACCGCCGCCGUUAGUCCCGCGUCUUUGGAGAAGCAGCAGAGGGUGGAGGAGGUGAUCGAAGAACACUGGCGGCAGGUGGAGAAGACGCCCAUCCGAGACGAGAGGAGGGUCCCUCUACCCGGCACAGUGCAGUCCAUGGAGACCUCGGAGCUGGAGCUGCUGCUGGAGAGUUACAAGCAAGGGAUAGAGGACCUGAAGGCCCAGUUGGCGAGCUGUCACCAGCAGCUACUUGACUCGAACAAGCACAAGCAGGAGCUGGAGCUCCAGCUGAGGACGGCUCUGGAGCGAGAGCAGGACAUCCGCUCCGGUUACGUCUCCCCGCUGGAGCAUCCUUUGGGUCUGGAGGCUGAUGUGACGCCCCAGACGAAGAGGCCCGAACCGGUUAGUUCCCAAGCACAGAGUUUAACAAAGAAGUACCAGGAGACCAAAGAGCUCCUGAAACUGCAAGAGCUGAAAAAGCGCAACAUGCAGGCACAGCUUGGCCUUUCGCUUUCUCACGCCUCCAUCAAGGAGCCUAACUUUUCUGACCAAACAACACCUAUGCCGGAAGGCGCUGCCACUGAACUUGUCCAAAAACGAGUUAGCUUCGUGCUCGAGGACAGCGCAGACGUCAUCCAGGAGCUGGAAGCUCUCCUGACCGACGAACCUCUGACUCUGAGGGAGCUCGGAAGAGUAUUGAAACUCCACAGCUUCACUCAAAGUACGGCCGGAAAAGAUGAACUUCAGAAGCUCCUGGAGACUUGGAAGUGCCAGCAGGAGAUUGAAAAUCAAACUUUAAAGAAGAGUUUGGCCAGGGCAGGGGAGAGCAUACGAGAGUAUGAAUCCCGUCUUCUGACCAUGGAGGAUAUGAUGGGGAAAGUUCAGAAGCAAGGUUUGGAAACCUUAAAAGGCCCGUACAGUUCUUUGUCCAAAAUAGAAAACCAUUCAGAGACGAGUGGCGUGACGACUGGGUUGCUCUCCCAGAGGGUUGAACUUCUAACAGGCGAAAACAGUGCGUUAAAACAGCGGUGCCAGGAGAUAGUAAACCAGCUGACAGAAGCCGACAGAGAAAUAGAUAGACUAAAAGCUGAACUCGUCAGCCAGCAGGGUGGGAAACACCAUCAUCUGGUCGUGGAGGAGCUGAAGAGACUAAAGGCGGAACUGGCUGAAAAUCAAGCCAACGCCAUAGACCGGGAGUAUUACGAGAGGGAGCUCAAUGAGAAGUCCUUAAGGCUCCAUGAAGCAUUAGUUACCUUGGAGGAACUUGGCAGCACCCUCAAAGACACUGAGAAGAAGCUCCAGCUGAAAGAGGCCACACUAAGAGGCCUGGGCUUCCAGGCAGACUACGAGGACGAGGAUUUGCAUCCAGAGGAGGAACAUCUCAGAGAGCUACUUGAAGCUUCUCAAGCCAAGGUGCUAGAGACCGAGGCGAGCCUGCGAAACGCAGAGCAGCGCUGUGCGGAGCUAGAAACCCGAAACGGUGAACUAGUUGCACUAAAUCAGGAAAUUGAGCAAGUUAGCAGGGAGAAACUAGCAGGAGUAGAAAAUGAAGCGAAGAUGCUGCGAGAGAGGUUAGAAAAGAAGGGUAGAGAUGGAGAGAAUGCUGGUGGGUGUGAAAACGUAGGAGACGAGCAGGUUGACGAUGAAGGACUGUUCAAGCAAGUGGUCGCUGAGUUGGAGAUGAGGUCUGAGGCUUUAGAUAAAGUUGUAGAGAUGUUAGCAAAGGUAGAUGCAGAUGUAGAAACCAUGCUUAGUCUAUUAAGAAGCACUUUAUUUGGUUCUUGUAAGGAAGAGCCUCUUUGCGUCAGUGGAAGGGAUAUGAGGUCCGUGGUGGAGUGGGAGUUCUGGAGUCUGGUGUUGAGCAAUAAAGGGUUAGAGCCUGAGGGACACAAACAGAUCAGUGAGCUGCUCCAGCAGAUAAAGGCGCAAAAGAGUCUGGAGCUGCUGGGAAAGACAGAGAGUGAAAAGCAAAUUGAUCUCACAAAAAUGUACCGCUGGCUCGACGAUGACACAUACGCUAUGAUUCUUAGACAGCUAGGAGAAACCUUGGAGGGAAGGUCCCACCACUUGAAGCAGAUUGCUUCCAGUCUGGAACUGAACAAAGACGACAAACUUCUCUCCUUGGCUCUGACAAGUUUAGGUGUCGGGCGGGAGCAGAAGCUGCCUUCCAGAUAUCUCCUGGAUUCCCUUAAAGAAGCUUGCCUGUCGUAUGUGAUUGUCAGGCUGAACGUCCAGCGUGAAAUAGAGCUAAAGCAAAAUGAGACCGCAGUGCAGACGGAGAGCCUGAGCUGUCCGAAUUGCCCUAAACUUAAAGAAACUGCUAGUGAUCUUCAGUCCAAACUGGAAGAUCUCCAGAAUCAGCUUUCCCUGAAACCUUCAGCCGCGCCACAAGCUUUGAUCCAGAUUGAAGGAGAGCCCAUAGAUUCAUUGGAGAAAACCAUUGAGCUUCAGGACCUGGUUGCGAGACACAGGAAGGAGUUACGAGACGUCAAAAACAACUACGAGAAGGAACUUGAAAAAUUAAGGCAGGAAGUUGAAAAGGCCAACGAAGCAAUCCGCCUUCAUUCAGAGGAAAAUAUUAAAGAGAUGGACUCGGUGACGAACUGCAUGGAGAACCUGAAAAACAAGCACGAGGACGAGAAGAGGAAACUCCUCGAGAGAUUCCAGCGGGAAAUGGAAGAGUUGAGAAUCAUGACGAGUCCAGCAAACCGGGAGCAGACCGAAACAGAGGAGGAGGCGCCGGUGCAGGACGCCUCGGCCCUGCAGGAACGCAUCCAGGAGCUGGUGAGCCAGGUCUCAGCCAUGGCCGAAGAGAUGAGGCGACGGGAUGAGCAGGGCGACACAAACGCCCUACGGCUGAAAUACGAGAGAGACCUGGAAAACCUUAAGGCCACCUGUGAGAGGGGCUUUGCCGCCAUGGAGGAGUCCCAUCAGAAGGUGAUCGAAGAGCUGCAGAGGAAACACCAGAGAGAACUGGAGAACCUGAAGGAGGAGAAGGAGCGACUGCUGGCGGAGGAGACGGCAGCCACAAUCGCUGCUAUUGAAGCAAUGAAAAACGCUCAUCGGACGGAGCUGGAGAAGGAGCUGGAUAAGGCCCGCAAGGCCAACAACAACACCGAGAACGCGGAUAUAGAGGAGAUCCGCAGACAGCACGAGGAGGAGCUGACUUCCUUCCAGCAGGAUAUCGACGUGCUGUCGGAGCAGUAUUCCCAGAAGUGCCUGGAGAACGCCCACCUGGCCCAGGCCCUGGAGGCCGAGAGGCAGGCCCUCAGGCAGUGUCAGAGGGAGAACCAGGAGCUCAACGCGCACAACCAGGAACUGAACAAUCGUCUGGCAGCAGAGAUCACCAAGAUGCGCUCCAUGGCGUCCGAGGACGGCGCUGGAGAUCCGAACAGCACAAUCCAGGGCAAAGAGCUGUACGAGCUAGAGGUGAUGCGGCGGGUGAAGGAGUCCGAGGUCCAGUACCUGAAGCAGGAAAUCAACUCCCUCAAAGAUGAACUGCAGGCUGCUCAAAGAGACAAGAAAUAUGCAACAGAUAAGUACAAGGACAUCUACACGGAGCUGAGCAUUGUGAAGGCCAAGGCGGAGCGGGAUCUUGGCCGACUGCGAGAGCAGCUGCAGCUGGCCCACGAGGCGCUGGGAGAGCCGUCGCUCGAGGACCUGGAGCGAGGAGGAUACGAUAUCAUGAAGUCCAAAAGCAACCCUGACAUCCUGAAGAUGGCAGCCGCUGCAGCCAAGCGCUCGGAGCGAACCCUGAGGUCAAAGUCUGUGAAUCGAGACAUGCCCUGGGACAGUUAGCUGAAGACGUGUAGGCCUACUCCCUCCUCUCCUUUUAGAGUCUGAAGGAAGGGCUGACGGCGGAGCAGAGACUCCACCUGUUCGAGAACAAAGACGCUAAGGAGUUCUGAGAGCGACGCUUCACGUCCGCCUGCCGCGCUGCAUGUUUAGAAGUCCACGAGCGUUUAGCUCUGCUACGACGUAUUUAGAAACACUACACACUGGUCACUAAACACAUCGUAUAUGUCAUUAAAGAAGAGACACGCUAUGAAGUUUGAAUUUCAUGUCUAGACUUUGCAUUCCAUGCACUUCAGUUAACUGUGACAUUUUUUUUUUCUUCUUCUAUGUCUUAUUGUAAAUAUUGUUUUAAAAAAAAAAAGAAAAAAAAAAAGAGCAUCUGCCAUGCAUACACUAAACUAUGACUGUGUAAGCUACUGUUUUAACACUAUAGACUGUUGCUAGCCAAAGACGUGGAGCUGUAAUGUUGAGUGGCUAAACAAAAGCAAAAGUGCAUAUUGAGAAAGUAACACUCGCCUAACGACGGCGUAGGAAUGAGUCCGGUGUUCAGCGUGUUAUGGCUCCUCCGCAGCACACGUGCAGGUGCUGCUCAGUAAACAAGCUUUGGGAAUGAAAGUGCUCGACCACAGCCGGAGACGAGCUCCCAUCCGCCGUUGCUUCUCUCUCCGUCUUCCUCGUUAAACGCGCUACGUUCACGCAAACCUGAUUUUCCUCCAAACGGAAGGCCCACGGACACGUUCACUGACUAUAAUUUAAGUACAUGCAUUAAAAGUUCUAGUUUUUGUUGUUGUUGUUGUUUUACUCUCACAGCAAUCAUUGGUCCAGCUGUAUAGGAGUUGCUCCAGUUGGUUUAUGUUCGUAGUCCUGUUCUGUGGCAGUCCCUUUGUAUUUAUUUAAAUGGCUGGGAUUUUUUUUUUUUUUUCUUUCACGUUCCCAUUCCUCUGUACUCUAUUAUUGUAAAUAUAAAGCAAAUAUACACCAACUGACUACAGGUUUAUUAGCAAUAAAUAUUUUUGCACCCUUU